CAAAAGGUGUAAGCCCCCGUGGGUUUUGGGGAAGAACAAAAAGAUCCAUCUUUAGUCCGCUCGAUCUCGCAAUCGAGGAUUCCCAUUCCCCUUCUCCCGAAUCGAGGGUUCUCCGGGAACAAGAGACGAUCCACUCCCAGGGCCUCUCACUUCGGAGGCGAGAUGAAGCUUGCGGGGCUGAAAUCGGUGGAGAACGCCCACGACGAGUCGAUUUGGGCGGCGGCGUGGGUUCCGGCGACGGACGAGCGGCCGGCGCUUCUCCUGACCGGGUCUCUCGACGAGACGGUCCGGCUCUGGCGCCCCGACGAGCUCGCCCCGGCCGGGCCGCCCUCCCGGGGCCACGCCCUUGGGGUGAUCUCCGUCGCCGCCCACCCCGCCGGCACUGUGGCCGCCUCCGCCUCACUCGACAGCUUCAUCCGGGUGUUCGACGUCGACUCCAAUGCCUCCAUUGCCACCCUCGAGGCCCCUCCCUCCGAGGUCUGGAACAUGCAGUUCGACCCCAAGGGGUACUUUUUGGCAGUUGCUGGUGGUGGCAGUGCUUCAGUCAAGCUGUACACUUCAACUUGGCAGCUUAUUGCCAACCUUGCUGUUCCGCGCCCAGAAGGAGCCCGACCUGAUAGGACUGGAAGUGGCAUUGUGCUCUCUGUUGCAUGGAGUCCUGAUGGCAAGCGAUUAGCUUGUGGAUCUAUGGAUGGCACGAUUGCUGUCUUUGAUGUGGCUCGUGCCAAGUUCAUCCACCACCUUGAGGGCCACUCUGGGCCAGUUAGGUCCCUUGUGUUCUCCCCAGUGGAUCCCCGUGUGCUCUUCACUGCUUGUGAUGAUACCCAUGUGCAUUAUGAUGCAGAUGGGAAGAGCAUGGUUGGAGCUAUGUCAGAUCAUGUGAGCUGGGUACUGAGUGUAGAUGCCAGCCCAGAUGGUGCGGCCAUAGUGACUGGGUCCAGUGAUAAGACGGUUCGUCUUUAUCUCACCAUGAGAGCUGCAGUGCAGACAAUGACCAACCACUCGGCCCAGGUGUGGGGUGUAGCAUUCCGGCCACCUGGGGCAGGUGUACGUGCAGUGCGGCUUGCAAGCGUAUCUGAUGACAAGAGCAUCUCAUUGUAUGAUUAUCAAUAAUAUCGACAAAGAUGAUAACCAUGAGCUUGCUAACUGAAGCAGUGCCAGUAAGGUUCGUGUUUCAUUGUCUAUCUGGCUUACUGAUACUUUUUUCAUACAAAAUCUGACACCUCAUGAAAGAGUGCAAACCGAAAGUUUGGUUUGUGUAUGCUGUCUGUCACCUGUUGGUGUGCUAGUGCAAUUUCACUGACUGAAAAUUGGAAACAUCCUUGAGUAUGACUUUUUUACUGGAUGUUGCGUUAGGGUUUUACAGCUACAAGUCAUCUUACCUAUUUCUUUUUACUUGGCACUGUUAAUUAGAAUCCUUCUAUAAUUGCAAUGUUACUUGAGUGUGCCAUGAUGGUGAUUUGAUGCA